AUUCACAAUGUUUCCCUGUGGACUUUUCAAGUAUAUCGGAAGGUUAGCCAACCACACUUGGUAUCGGGAAUAAUGACGGAAAAACAGAUUAACCUAGCGGAGGGAAUAGAAAGUUACUAUUUAAUUGAUUCAACACAUGUUUAUAAACAACCGAAACCUACACCUAUAGACAACCUACUCAAGUUGUAUGGAUUGGAACCAAUAGUGAAGUCAUUGGCAAGAACAAAUCCCGAUGGUUCAAAGGGGGUCAAGUUGAGAAAAUCUUACAAAAACCAUAUCCAAGAUCUACCGGGGAAACAUCAAGUAGCUCCUGCAAAACCAAUACCCAGUGGAUUGUUAGAUCCACUGGCAGCACAAGCGCCGGAUAUUAUAAAAGAGCUAGAUCCAGAAUUGUUGAGUAAGGCAAUGAAGUUUGAAAAAACUCCCAUCAAUGGAAUACCGGGGUUCAAUACUGCCGAUUUGGCCAUUAAUGAUCAGCAAAUGCUAAUGAGGGGUGACGACAUGUCGGAAAAUGACGAAUAUGGGUCGAAAAAGAGCAAACGUAAAAAGAAGAUCCAGAAUGGUUCAGAUCCAAAAAGGCAGCAUAUAUAGCGGAAAGAGGUUGAGGAAGAUGUUUUGUAUUAUUUGUUGUAAUAGUGUCAAUUUUAAUUAACGAUAUAUGUAUUAUAAAUAAAUUGGUCUAUCAAAAAAACUCUAACUAGAAUGCACACGAGAAUCAUCAGUUGCAUCGGUGUCUGCCAAGUCACGGACGUUUGUAAAUUCACGGUACUGUUUGAGCUGCUUCAAAUGAGACAAGCUCUUGGUUGGGGUCUUCAUACUCAGAAACUUGUUCGAGAUAAGUUUACCAACAUGGUUAAGUAGCGUCUUUGUGAUUUGCUUCUCAAACACCUUAGUUAUUUCUAAUAAUGACAUUAUUUGAUGUUGGAUAUGAAUCUCGGGCAUAUCAAGAUGUAAAUCUUGUACGUUGAAUAGUCUCUUGUAACCUUUAUUCAACUUGAGUGACACUUGCAAGGAAAUUGAAUUCACCUUUAAUGAUACAACAGAAAAGUAAGUCUUUGAUCUCUCAAUCAUGGUUUGAAUCUGGGUAUCUUCAGCUUCAUCUUCUUCUGGCAUGUUUGUUUUGUUCUUUGAAUUACCAGAUGACCCCUUGCCUCGUGAACUAUCUUCCAGACCUAGUUCAAAUUUCACUCCUUUACCAUUGCCAUUGCCAUUGCCGCUUUCCACUUCACAAUCCAGCUCAUUCUCGAUGUUUGUUCGUCUUGAAUCAUGGGUUAUUUCAAGUAUAGGACUUUCUUUAGAUUGGAAAAUGAAAUCCAUUAAUUUUCUACCAGUUUUCUCAUCCAAUUUGAUAUUUAACGGCAUAGAAUUAAUUUCAAUAUUUUCCACAAUUUUAAUCCCACCAACUGAUCUAUUCAUCGUCCAUACAGCAUCUAUCAUAUUACCUUGGGUCUUUUCAUCAAACUCAAAUGGCUGAAUGAAAUCGGGGUAUCGAGCAUGUGGAAUAAGAUUAAACCCUUGCAUCAUUCCAAUUUCAACUCUAUUGAUGUUUGAGCCACCUUCAAGCUCUUUCCGUUUGUAUGUUCCUCUAGCCAAGGCCAAAUCCAUAAUUGGAGUUCUAUCAUCUUCCAAAAUAUGUAAAAUAAUUUCAUCAGCUCUAACCAACCAGAAUCUCUGCAUUGCCUUCAGGGAAUCAUCACUUAGUAACUCACCAGUUAAUAACGUUUUAAACAAGAGAUAAAUAUCACUUGAAAUUUCGCCCUUCUCGAGAUUAAGCAGCAAAUAAUUAUUCAAGUCUUCAUUACUAAGUUCAUGUUGACGGAAAUUAUAAUUAUGACUAAGCAUGUUUAACAACUUGUAAUAUGUCUGCAUUUGAAUCAACCUAUCACUCAAUGAGGCCAAAUCUUGAAAAUCGAUGGAAAACUUCAAUUUCUCUAGUUUAUGAUGGAUCACUUUGCUCAUUGGUUCACUGUAAAAAAGCAAACUAAGAACA